CAAAGCGCACCAACCACCUAAGUCCCCCACCAAAAUCAACCGGCCAACCAGUUUCAUUCCACUGAUUGAUAAGACGGACGCGGCGUUUGCCUAGGAGCCAGGAGGAAACGUCUCUAUUCGACUCACUUUCAAACAAUUGACUCACCUAAAAUAUUAAUCUUUAAACGGUUUGAAAAUCUGCUUCAAUCUAUUUUUCUAGGAGGAUGCAAGUUGCUUUACGAAAGCCUUUAUCCACGGUAGUUAACAUAUUAAUAAAACAAGGAAUAACGAAAAUGGAAACAAGGCAUAUACAAAAUCAUGCCUACAUUAACGGAAAUUGGGUAAAAUCGUUAAGUGGCAAGACAUUUGAUGUGUUCAAUCCAUCAAAUGGAGAGUUGAUAACAAAUGUCCCGGAUAUGAACGUGGAAGAUGUAAAGUGUGCUGUAGAUGCUGCCGCAGAGUCCUUUCUCACUUGGAGUUUAACCACUGCUAAGGAACGUGGUCAACUUUUAAGACAAUGGUACAACAUUUUAAAUGAAAAUUCUGAAAAACUCGCCAAACUGGUUCAACUGGAAGCUGGAAAACCCUUUUCUGAAGCUCUCGGUGAAGUGGCUUAUGGAAACGCCUUUAUCGAUUGGUUUUCAGAAGAAGCUCGUCGUUGUUAUGGGGAAGUUUUAUGCAGCCCCGUGAAAAACAAAGAACUUAUGCACAUAAAGCAACCGAUUGGGGUUGCGGCAUUGUUAACACCUUGGAAUUUUCCGCAUGCAAUGAUAACAAGAAAAGCUGGAGCGGCUCUUGCUGCUGGGUGCACUUGCGUAAUAAAACCGGCUGAAGAUACUCCCUUGACUGCUUUAGCCCUCGCAGAAUAUGCUGAAAAAGCAGGUAUUCCAAAAGGUGUCAUUAAUGUAGUAACAUGUGAUCGGCCGUCUGUAGGAGCUGUUGGAAAAUUUCUCUGUGAGACUCCCCUAGUAUCUGUAAUAACAUUUACAGGCUCAACUGUGGUUGGUAAAUUAUUAUUCAACCAAUGUGCCCCAAGUGUCAAAAGAAUUUCAUUGGAACUAGGCGGUAAUGCUCCAUUUAUUGUCUUCAAAACAGCAGAUGUUAGCAAAGCUGUCCUAGGUGCUGUUGCUUCAAAAUUUAGAAACUGUGGGCAGGCAUGCAUCAGUGCAAAUCGAUUUCUUAUUGAAGAAAGCGUCUUUGAUCAAUUUGUCAAUGAAUUUACGUCAUAUGUUAAAGAAAAUAUUUCUUUUGAACCCGAUACACAGAAACAACAGAUUGGACCAUUGAUAAAUGAUAUGCAAGUUAAAAAGGUGACUGCCAUUGUGGAUGAUGCCAUUUCAAAGGGAGCCCAGGUUAAACUUGGAGGAAAAGUGGCCAAGAACAAAGGAAAACUAUAUUUCGAGCCAACAGUACUCACAAAUAUUAAACCUGAUAUGGUUUGCUACAGAGAAGAAAUUUUUGGUCCUGUUGCACCAUGUAUUAAGUUUAGCAAUGAAGAAGAAGCGUUAAGGAUCGCAAAUGACACCAAAACAGGUCUAGCUGGUUACUUCUACUCCAAUGACAUAUCACAAAUCUUCAGGGUUUCAAAGAAAUUACAAGUCGGGAUGGUGGGUAUAAAUGAAGGUGCUAUAAGCACUCCUGAAGCAGCAUUUGGUGGAAUAAAGGAAUCGGGGAUCGGUAGAGAGGGGUCUCAUUAUGGCAUGGAUGAGUUCAUCAACAUAAAAUAUUUAUGUUUUGGUAACUUAUAAAUGUGAACAAAAUUACUUUUCAAAAUAAGUACAAUAAUAAUCUAAAACAUAUUUUCCUCUUUUGUUAUUAUUAAAUUAAUAGAUUUUUCUUCAAAUUGUAAUUGAAUUUUUUCAAAAUAAAUCAUGGCAUGUUUUUUGUUAAGGACAAUGGGGGUAAAAACUUGUAAUUUGGUUAAUUCAGAUCAUCAGUCUAUCCUUGCUGUAUUGGUUGCUACCGAGUCCUUAAUCAGUAUAACGGACCAACUUUAUUAAAGAAGUUAAAUGGAGAUUAUUAAAUUAAUACGGAAGAUUAUUAAAUGCCAUGUAUGAGAGACAAGGUCACAAAUGACAACCAUGAGGUUAUGUAGACUAGAUUGAUCAGAAAUGGCCAAAAAAACAAUAUAUAAUACUUAAACAAUGAAAUAAAAUUAGAAAUGGGUUGAUAUUCAGUACAUAAUUGAAGCAAAAUAGGUGCCUUUCAUGAUACUACACAUCUAUGGAAAAAAGGUUAGUAAGUUAGUAUUAACAUAGUGUGAUAAAAGGGCUUCCAUAUAACAAUAAUAUAAUCAAUUAAACUUAUAAACACAACAGUUGUGAUGUCAGUUAAAGUGUGUAAAAAUUUAAUUAAAUUAAAAAAUAUUUUUAUUUAAAAAAAUAAAAUAAAAUGCAAAUAUAGUUAGUAAAAAAAGUCUGCAUAAAGUUUCAGCAUAUCCCAAAAGUGUUGGGAACACAUUUUUUAUAUUAUAUUAAUACAAAUAAUAAAUUAUUAAUGUUUGUAUGGAAUUUACAUCCAAAACUUUUUUUUUCUAAAGGCUAAAUCAUAACAUGAAAGUUAUAAUUAAUGAGACAGAUAACAAAAUCUCCAAACAAUGAAAACUUGUGACAAAAUGAAAUUUUUUUGAGAAAGAGAGAGAGAGAGCUUCAUGAAGUCAAGUUUUGUUUACAUCAGAACCAAGAUUUUCCCAUUCUUCUUUGACAUCUCAGUCAGAUGAUGUUUAAUUUUUAUGUCUCUAGUUUGCAUUCUUCUCUUCAUUUCUAACUAGUGAUGUUCGAUGGAAUAAUCUGGUGAUAGUAGGGAUGUUUUUAGUUGGCGAGGAGCAUUGUACAAUAACCACUCCUCUGUUUUCUUAGCACGAUCUUGUUGGAAAACAAAAUUCACCACGUUUCUGUACACUGGCCUCAAAAUUUUUUAAUUUAUCAACCCCUGAUGACGCCUUGCACCCCAUACCAUUUGCUUCAUUGUUACACACUAUUUUUGGAAUUUCACAGCUUUUUUCUGCCACACUAACAUCUAUCAGAACAGAAAACAUUAAAUUUUGACUCAUCACUAACAAUUACACUGUCCCAGAAGGUUGAAAGCUUGUUUGUAUACAAUUUUGCUAAUUAAACUCUUCUGCUAAAUUCACUGGUGUAGGCUUUUUAUAGAAGAUCGUGUCCUAAGGCCACAUUUUUUAAUGGUAUUGUGAACCUUUGAGGUGUUACUUGAAACAUUUUAAACAUAUCCAGCUAGCGCAGGGACACUAGUAGAAGAUUCCAAGUUCACAUAUUGAAGAAUCAUUCUCCUAAGAGGUCUCUCUAUUUUCUUUGGCCACCUUGGUCGGUGUUAACUUUCCAAAGUGUCGUUAGUUUUGUAGUUCCGAAUGAACGUUUGUACAGUUGCCACAAUUUUUGCAAUUUCAAUUAAUAAUUUUCCAACAACCUAAUUUCAGCCGGCACCUCCAUUAAUAAAAUAUUUACAAGAUUACUGCCUCGCACAAUUGAUUCUUAAUUAUUACAAAGUAAAUUUGAAAAUAAAAGUGUUUUUGCUUAAACCAACAUCUAUUUACUACAACAAAUAUUAAGUUUUCCUUAAUUUUAUAAUAAGCAAAACAUUUUUUUUUUUUAAGAAAAAAUAAAUUUUUAAGGGUGUAUACAGACUUCUUUUACUAACUGUUAAAUUAAUUAAUUGAGAAAUAUAAAAUGUAAAAAGAUGAGUAAAUAUAAUUGCAUUUUUAAAAAGCCAUUGCGCUUACUUGUCUGAUAACAUGGCUUCCAUAAGAAAAUAAUUUGUUAAACUCAACCAAAAAUUAGUUAAGAAAUUUUAAAUUUAUUUUUAUGUCGUAAGUAUAUAUAAAUAUUGGUAUAAAGAUUAAGUGAGUAGUUGUUUAAUCUAGUGUACUAUAUUGCCAUAUUUACUAGCUAGUCAAUUUGUUUUAUGCCUUGCUGUAUAUUGUUUCUAGUGUUCUCAUCAAGUAUGAUAAUAAAUUUAUCUUUCAUGUUGCAAUAAA